AAUAAAAUCGUGUGUGUUUUCGACGAGCGCGUGGUCAUCACAUAGUAAAUAGAAUUUCUUUUAAACAUAAAAACAACAAUUUCCAGAGGUUGAUACUCAAGUUCAUUGUCCGCAAUGGGUAAAUUAAAUGUUACCAUCUUACGUUAUUUAACGAAAGAAGAUUUUCGGGUUUUGACUGCGAUUGAAAUGGGCAUGAAGAAUCACGAACUGGUGCCGGCUAGUUUAGCCGCAUCGAUUGCUAAUCUUAAAUCAGGCGGAGUCCAUAAAUUGUUGCGUGAACUAUGCAAACACAAAUUAUUGUCGUACGAACGUGGUCGCAAAUAUGAUGGCUAUCGCUUAACAAACACUGGUUACGAUUAUUUGGCAUUGAAAUCGCUUACCUUACGCGAUUCGGUCGCUUCGUUUGGUAAUCAAAUUGGAGUCGGCAAAGAGUCAAACAUUUACACUGUAUCGGAUGAAAAAGGGAAUCCGCUGUGUUUGAAAUUGCAUCGCUUGGGUCGAACUUGUUUCCGAAAUAUCAAGGAGAAACGAGACUAUCAUGGCAAACGACACAAGGCCUCUUGGCUUUAUUUGUCGCGAAUUUCGGCCACUCGUGAAUUUGCCUAUAUGACAGCAUUAUAUGAAAGAGGCUUUCCCGUACCUAAACCCAUCGACUUCAAUCGUCACUGUGUCAUCAUGGAAUUGGUCAAUGGAUAUACACUAACACAAAUCCACGAAGUUGAAGACGUCGAAGCUCUUUACAAUGAUUUGAUGAAUUUGAUUGUGAGUUUGGGCAAUGCUGGUGUCAUUCACGGAGAUUUCAACGAAUUCAAUAUAAUGGUCACAGAUGAUGCCAAACCAAUUUUAAUUGAUUUCCCACAAAUGGUGUCGACAUCCCAUGCCAAUGCCCAAAUGUUCUUUGAACGUGAUGUGAAUGGAGUUCGUGAAUAUUUCCGUAGACGAUUCGGAUAUGAAUGUGCCGGUUAUCCAACUUUUGAUGAACUGGAACGCGAUGAUAAUUUGGACAUUGAAGUUGCUUGCAGUGGUUUCACAAAAGAGAUGGAAAAGGAUUUACUAAAAGAAUAUGGUAUGGAAGCCGUCAGUGAUGACGACGAUUUGGAUGAGGACGGAGAUGCAUCAGAUGCUGAAGCAGAGAAUAACGAAGAAGAGUUAGAUCGUUUGCGGCAACAAGUUGAUGCUGAAGUAAAAUUCUCUGAAGAACGUGUAAAUGAUACAUCAAAAGCGCUUAGUUUCAAUAUUCAAAAUUAUAUUACGUCGCUGGCACAAGCCGACGAUGGUGAUGAGAUGUUUGAAGAUGCUGUGGAAAGCAUUGACUCCGAAAUUCCACUGCCAAAACCAAUUCCACAAAUCGAAUCAAAGGACAUAGAAAAAAUGACAGAUUUUGUGAAAGAUGUUCACAUAAGCGACAGCAACAGUGUCGAUGGAAAUGUAUCGUCGGGCGGUGAAGAAGACGAUGAAUUAGCCAAUUUAGAUCCGAAAUCACGUCAAUAUCGCUUAAAAAUGGUCGAAAAAAUGUUAUCUGACGCCCGAAGUCAACGCUCAUAUUCAACAUCGGCCAGCACAAUUGCACCAAGCGUCGUGUCCGAUCGCCUCAAAAAAACGUUGUUUGUUAAAGAGAAACGAGAAGAACGUAAACGAUGCGUAGCAAAGGGUGAAGCGAGUGCUAUCACACGAAUUCGCAAAGAGAAUCGCGAUACGUGCAAAGAAUACAAAGGGUGGGACUUUUAAUUUUGCAUACAGUGCAAAAAAUUUUUUUAAUAAGAUUAUUAUAAAAUGAAAUAAAAAAAUGUAUGAUAAUUUAAAUAAAUAUAUUUUAUUAAUUUGAA